AUGAAGAAUAAAAGGGUACAUGCAAACUUUCUUGUCGAGGAAUACCAAGAAAAGCUUCUAAAACAUCCUACUUGGAAGCUAAAAUUGUUUGUUCGGGAUGUAGAAGACACAUAUGGUGUGAAAAUUAACAGGUGGCAAGCUGCAAGAGCAAAGAAAUAUGCCUUGUCUGCAUGUGCAAAGGUUGUUGAAAAACAAUAUGAAUUUCUCAGAAGUUAUAUGCAUGAAUUGAAGACAUCUAAUGAUUCCUACAUGGGUGUAGAAAGGUUCUCGGCCUUGAUGGAGUAUUUCUUAAAGGAUAUUGAAAGGGGAUUAUUGUCUGUCAUACCACAACUUCUCCCUAAAGUUGAGCACAGGUUAUGUGCUAGGCACAUAUUCACAAAUUGGACCAAGAUUAUCAAAGGGGCACCUUUACACAAACUAUAUUGGAGGGUUGUGAAAUCAUAUACUCAAAUUGACUUUGAAAAUGCUAUGAAGGAACUGCAAAAGCAAAGUUCAAAAGCUUAUGAGGAGAUGUGUGCAAGAAAUGUGAAGAAUUUUUGCAGAUGCUUUUUUAAGACUUGGGCAUGUACUGAUGUAACUUGUAACAAUAUGGCGGAAACAUUUAACUCAUGGAUCCUUGAAGCUAGGGAAAAACCAAUAUUAACAAUGCUAGAAGAAAUAAGAAGACAAGUUAUGUCUAGAAUGGUGGAUAAGAAAGAGCAAGCAGCUAAAUGUGUUAGCAUUGUUACCCCUAGAGUUCGAUUGAAGUUAAAUGAUUUCAGACAAGCUAUCAGAAAUUGGAGGCCUAUCGAGGCCAAAAAAUAUGCAUACGAGGUGCAACAUACUCAUAACAGCAACAUAUCAUAUGCAGUUCGAUUAGAUAAAAAGAGUUGUGCAUGUAGAUAUUGGGAUUUGAAUGGGAUCCCAUGUGAGCAUGCAACAACUGCAUUAUGUGCUAAAAAUGAAACCCCCGAGAAUUAUGUAGCUUGUUGGUACAAUAAGGACACAUACGAAGCUGCAUAUUCAUUUUCUUUGGAACCCAUUAAUGGACAAGCACUAUGGAAGAAAAUUGAUGAAGGUCCAAUCUUACCAAGUGACCCCCGAGUGAAACAUGGGAGACCCGCAAAUAAGAGAAAGAAGGCAUAUGGAGAAGGUAAACGGAAAACACAUUUGUGUAGGGUUGUUAAAAGUGGUAAACAAUUGUGCUCUAAUUGCAAAGAACCUGGCCAUAAAAUUACAACAUGCCCACAAAGAGUUAACGGUGCUACACAAAAGUGA